ACGUGCAUUUAUAGCUGUAAAAAUUAGGAGCCAUUUUCAAACUCAUAAACAUCACACAUCCCAUUUGCAAAAAAACAAAUCAGACUUCCCAGACACAACCACCAAUCUCUAGCUUUCUUUUCCUUUAAGCCUUAGUUUCAUUCUCUUGCCAAGUAAUCCAUCCGCGCCAAAGUGAUCUUUUGAAAAAAAAAGAAAAAUGGGUCUUGAAUUAGCACCCAACUACAUGUCUUUGUUGUCAAUGCCAGAGACAGAACGAGAGCAAGAACAAGAACAGGGUUGCUUAUCAUGCACCACUUUCAAUAUCCUGGCUCCCAUUUACAAACGAAUUGAUCAACAGAAUCAAGGUCUUCGGGAAAGUGAGUUCAGGGCCAUGUGGGUGAGCAGGAACCAAAGGAUUUUGGAUUGGUUGCUCUAUAAAUCUUCCUCCAUCAUCUGUCUUCAGGAGUUCUGGGUUGGAAGUGAAGAACUUGUGCAUAUGUACCAGGAGAGGCUAGGAGCUGCAGGCUAUAUCACCUUCAAUCUUGCAAGAACUAACAACCGUGGAGAUGGUCUGCUGACUGCCAUACAUAAGGACUACUUAAGGGUUCUGAAUUAUCGAGAGUUGCCUUUUAAUGACUUUGGAGACCGAGUUGCUCAGCUGCUUCAUGUUCAGUCAGUUGUGCCUUUUCUCCCAAACCGAAAGGGAAACAUUGGACAAGAAAUGCUUAUUGUGAACACCCAUUUGCUAUUUCCUCAUGAUUCAAGUCUCUCUCUAGUAAGAUUGCAUCAGGUUUACAAAAUACUUCAAUAUGUGGAAUCAUAUCAGAGAGAAAACAAGCUCAAACGAAUUCCCAUCAUACUAUGUGGUGAUUGGAAUGGAAGCAAGCGGGGGCAUGUUUACAAGUUUCUUAGGUCGCAGGGAUUUGUAUCAUCAUAUGAUGAUGCCCAUAAAUAUAGUGAUGCAGAUGCUCACAAGUGGGUUAGCCACCGCAAUCAUAGGGGAAACAUCUGUGGUGUUGAUUUCAUUUGGCUUUGUAAUCCUAACAAGUCACGCAAACCAUUAAGAACAAGUUGGGCUGAAGCAGUUUUCAGUAUAUUAAAGUAUCUGCUUCGAAAAGCUUCACUGGCUGAAGAUGAUGCAUUUGCCUUUCUCAAGGGGGACAACCAGGGUGAUUUUAUUACAUUUUCUGCUCUCCAUGAAGCAUUGAGCCAGGUUAAAUUAUUUGGUCAUCCUAAUGGACUGAGUUUCCAAGAGAUGAAAAAGCUAUGGGCCCAAGCAGACAUCAAUGGAGAUGGUGUUAUUGAUUAUGAAGAAUUCAAGCAGAAGAUUUGGAAUCCUAAAUGGUCGGAGCAAUCGGAGGAGUAUCUUGAGACAAUGAUUGAAGAGCCUAAAAAGGGCACCAACGAGGAAGCCAUUGGUUUCAGGGUGAAGAAUGCACUUCUCUUCCCCCGGGAAGCGGAGAAAGCAAUGUGGCCUGAAAACUACUCUCUUUCUGAUCAUGCUUCGUUAAAUGUUGUCUUUUCACCGUUAAGUCUUCAGUGUUUUUCAGCCCAAUAAUCAUAUCUAGGCACACAUCUGUAGAUACGGCACUAGUGAAACCUGAGAACCUAACAAUGAAGAGCACAAUUAGAACACUGUAAAUUGUAGAGGAACUUGUAUCUUUAGCCUAUAGAAAAUCUGCUGCUGGCUGCUCGUGUUCAGAAAGACCAAAUGCUCUGGAGAGUUCUGUAACCAGUUUUGGUCGGCCCCAGCUAGUCUUUUCAGCCAGGACAGAAAUGAUGUAAUAUCACUUUUGAUUUAUAAUGUGAAAUGCUUAACCAGAAACAACUAAUUCGAUUGAUUAGAUGAAAAUGCUGACUUUUUAAGUUAAUUCAUAUUAGUAUAAUAAUGUAUGAUCCUUUUUUUGAUGUGAUGAGUGUUAAGUCCUUUCAUUACCUGCAUGACUUUGGGCCUAUUGGUGGCAGGUAAUUUUGAAACUAUGUUAAAAGAUGGAUAGGGUGCAAAGAAUGUUGAGAAAGAAUUGAAGUUGCAGGCAUUGAUUAACUCUGCUGCAUUUCUUGAAACUGCUCCAAGGUUAAUCUAUUUGGUCUUCCUCAUGGACUGAGUUUCCAAGGGAUGAAAAAUCUAUUGGCCCAAGCAGACAUCAAUGGAGAUGGUGUUGUUGAUUAUGAAGAAUUCAAGCAGAAUAUUUGGAAUCCUACAAGGCCAGAGCAAAUAGAGGAGUAUUAUGAGACAACUAUAGAAGACCCUAAACAGGGCACCAACGAAGAAAACAUUGGUUUCAGGGUGAAGAAUGCAGUUCUCUUCCCCUGGGAAGUGGAGAAAGGACAGUGGCCUGAAAACUACUCUCCUUUUCUGAUUAUGCUCCACAAAUUGUUGUCUUUUCGCCUUUAUUCGGUACUUUCAGUCCAAUAAUCAUACCCUAACAUACAACUGUAGAUAGAACAAUGAAGAGCACAAUUAGAACAAUGUAAAUCUUUGAGGAACUUAUAUCUACAGCCUAUUGUAAAUCCUCUUCUGGCUGCUCGUGUUUGGGUAGACCAAAGUUCUGUAACCGGUUUUGGUCAGCCUCUGCCAAUCUUUUCAGGCCAACACAAUAAUUAUGUAUCAGAUUUGAUUUACAAUGUAAAAUGUUUAACCAGAAACAACUAGUUCAAGGGAUUUGAAAAUCAUGACUUUUAAGUA